AUGAUUCCAGCCGCAACAACACUCUAUGUUCCAGCAACAUCUGUGGUUAACCAACAGCAAAGAUAUUUCAUGAUUCAACCUACACCCAUCGUGCCAGCAGUACAGGUACUCAACGGAACGUAUAUUUAUCCAAGAUAUGGUUUUGUAUCAAAAGCCACUGAAACAAGUAUUAAAAAAGAAGACAGCGAACAACAACAAAACAUUCAAGAGCAAGCUUCAUCCCAAUCCCAAAAUGUUCAGCAUGUCAUUCAUCAUGUUCAACAUUGUUCAGUUCCCACCUGUCCAGGUUAUUGUGAAACCUGUUGUCCUUGGAUCAAAGAUGGCGGCUAUUAUCAACAUCAUCGUUCACGUUCGCGAUCCAAAUCUCCUCCACAACAGCAUCGAGUGUCACGUCGUGAUGAAUAUCAAAAAGAGCGAGACGAAUUGCAUGUAGACGGAAGAAAUAAACGUGACAUCGAAACUAUCGAUAAAAAGAUAGAACGUAUCAGAAAAGAAUUAGACCAGUUAGAUCAUCAACGUCAACAUGAAUCUGUUGGUACUAUUGAUCACUAUAAACCUCCUCAGGAACAGCAAUAUUUUCACUCUCGGCAAUCACAAGACGAUCAAGGGUAUUCAUCAGAAACCAGUCAGCAACAAAAAAAUCCAAGAUCUCGAUCUCGGCCACGAAGUUCCAGCACCGGAUCACGAGAACCAUGGCGUUCAAGCACUUCAAACGAGUAUCCGUGGCGUGACGCUCAUUUGACGGCUUAUCGCGAACAUACUUUAGAAAAACAACAAGAUUCUGAUCAGGUUCCAAGUCGACCAACGAGUAGUAAACAUUUUGAGGGAGCUAGAGGCAGUAGUCAUUUACGAAGCCAUAGUAAUCAAAAACAAGCAUCUAAUCAAAAUUAUGUCUAUCGUCCAAAAUCGGAAAUGGAAGUAAAAAAAUGGUAUACACAAUCAACAGGCAAAGAUCCUGAUCGAGAAGUUUAUCAAAGAUUGAGAGGUGGUACAACAACUUAUUCUUAUAAUCAAAACGGCAAAAAUGUUCAACACAGUGGCAAUAGCAAUUAUUCUCAUCAGCCAUCUUACGACCACUCGUAUGGCACCAGUGGUAAUCAUUCAUUUUAUUCUGAUGUUCCAAAACCAACAAACUCUCAUACAUUAAAAAAACUCGAUUCUACUCAAUAUCAUACAUUAUAUGGAUGUGAUAAACCAUGUUUACACAUCGUACCAAAGCAAGGCGGCUCAUUUGAUCCGCCCUAUGUAAAAAUCGUCAAUGCACCUGUCACAUAUCUACACUAA